AUGGAGAAUCUGGAACGGAUACUCUCGAGGCCUUUGGCGAAACCAUAUCGAUCCCGUAACAUCAAGGACGCGGCGAAACCUUACCUUAACAAAGAUGGGCACCUCGACUUCGCGCCGGACGAUAUCGAGAAUCCGAAGAAUUGGUCGGCGACUCGUCGCUGGGUCGUCACACUCGUGGCCGUGUUGAUGGUGGUCAACGCUACGUUUGCGAGUUCCUCCCCAUCGGGCUGUUUGGAGAGCAUCAGUGAAGAGCUGGGAGUCAGCACAGAGGCGGCAGGCCUUGUGGUUACACUAUUCCUGCUUGGUUAUUGCUUUGGGCCGUUAGUGUUUGCGCCGCUCUCAGAGUUUUUUGGGCGGCGAUAUGUCUUCUAUGCGACUUUUUUCCUAUACUUUGCGUUCAACUUUCUGUGCGCGUUCACGCCGAACUUUGGCGGUCUCCUGGUCGGCCGCUUCCUGACUGGAACAUUUGCAUCUGCGCCGCUCAGUAAUGCCCCAGGUGUGCUCGCGGAUGUAUGGGGACCAAUAGAACGCGGCAAUGCAAUGGCGGUCUUCAGUAUGAUGACUUUCAUCGGCCCGGCGCUCGGUCCUGUUGUCAGCGGGUUUCUCGAGCUCAAGGAGAACUGGCGCUGGAACUUCUACGUCUUGCUGUGGCUCGCGUUCGGCACACUUCUCGUCAUGAUCACGCUGCCCGAGACCUUGCCAAGUCAAGUUUUGCUCAACAAGGCACGCCGCAUCCGCCGCGCCAAGGUACCUGGCUACGAAAACAUUAAAGCGCCAGUCGAGGCAACCGAUCGGACACUCGUGGGCAUCUUCAAGGUGGCCUUGACAAGACCCUGGGUUAUCCUCUUCGACCCGAUAUCCUUCGCUUGUGCAAUAUAUCUUUCAGUCGUUUACAUGCUGCUCUAUAUGCUGUUCACCAUCUAUCCCUUCGUAUUCCAGCAGAAGCGCCAUUGGAAUGUCGGAGUAUCAGAGCUGCCGCUGAUCGGAACGAUCGUUGGCGCUGCCAUAGGUGGAGCAUUCGUUUUCUACGUGUCCUCCCGGGACAAGAAGAAGAUGCUCGCCGGAGUCAAGAUUAAGCCUGAAGAUCGAUUAUUUGUGGCUAUGGUAGGCGGUAUCUUGUUUCCGUUGACGAUGUUCUGGUUCGCGUGGUCCGCGGAAUACAACUACGUCCACUGGGUUGUUCCAACCCUCGCGGGCGUCUUCUUAUCGACCUCCAUCUUACUGAUCUUCGUGGCUUACCUCAACUACCUUACGGACUCUUAUCUUAUGUUCGCGGCGUCAGCCAUAGCAGCGAACACUAUCUGUCGUUCAGCCUUUGGUGCAGCUGCACCACUCUUCACCGAGUAUAUGUUCGAAUCGUUGGGCGUGGGCGGUGGUGGUUCCCUCAUUGGUGGCGUGGCCUUCUUGCUGGCACCAAUACCUUUCAUCUUCUACAGAUACGGCGAGCCGUUAAGAAAGCGAAGUAAGUUCGCACCGACACCCGACAAGAAGCCAGAAGAUGAGGAGAAGGGGCCUCAAGAGGAGAAUGAUCGGCGGCCAGCGAGUACAAGUGAGGAGGAAGAAGAGGAGCUCGAUGAGGAGGCUGGUGUACCAGAUCCGAAGGAGCUAGAGAAAGAGCUCGAAGAGAAGCGCAGUGCGGACUCUGCGGCUUCGUCAAGCUCACGGUUACGGUCAGAUGAUCGAUAUUUGGACGCAAGUGGUUUGGAGAAGGCGGAGAAGCCGACUAUCACAUAG